UAUAUACAUGUGAAUUCGGUUUUUUCAUCAAUGCAUAAUAGAUAGCGAAAAAUGUGAAUGAUAUUAACAAUAACAAGCGAUGUUUCUUGACUUCUACAAAACAGUGGACAAUACUUUUGAAAAUGAGCGUGACUUUACAUACUGACGUUGGUGACAUAAAGAUAGAAUUAUUUUGCGAGUUGUGCCCAAAAACUUGUGAGAACUUUCUUGCCUUGUCUGCUAGUAACUACUAUGACAACUGCUUAUUUCAUAGAAACAUAAAGGGUUUUAUUGUGCAAACUGGAGAUCCUACACAAACUGGUAAAGGUGGAAUAUCGAUAUGGGACCGUAAAUUUGAAGAUGAAUUUAAAGAAGAAUUAAAACAUAAUGCAAGAGGACUUGUUUCUAUGGCUAAUAAUGGCCCAAAUACAAAUGGAAGCCAAUUUUUUAUCACGUAUGGUCCUCAACCACACUUAGAUCUUAAAUAUACUUUAUUUGGAAAAGUGAUAGAUGGUUUAGAAACCCUCGAGCAGAUAGAGAAAUUACCUGUAAAUCCUAAAAAUUAUAGGCCACUUACAGAAACUCGAAUAAACAGUGUAACUAUACAUGCUAAUCCUUUGGCAGGAUAA